UUUGUCACAAUUCGGAUCAAAUAUUGGUGCCGUCACAAGAAUAAUUGUUAUUAUGUAUAAAAAAAAAUUUUUUAAAUAGUGCUUUUGUUUCAAGUAUUAUUGAUUGUUUAAUAUACCAAUUGGUACAGAUACAUUUUUUUAAUUUUGAUUGCUAAAAAGUUAUAUAGCAAAUUUUAUCGAAUUAACCUAAAAAUAAUAUAUCUUUUUUUUGGGAUAAUUAAAACAAAAAAUCAAAAAUGGAAGACGACGGAAGCAUGUCAGUUCGUUUAACGAACGAUGACUUUAGAAAAUUGUUGAUGACACCACGAACAUCAGCACCAUCAGCAACUCCAGCAUCAGUGCCUGGUACAGUAAGAGACGCAAGUGCUAAAACAGCUCAAACUCCGUCAAUUAGCGGAGGCAGUCGUGCUGAAUUGCGUAGAAAGAAAAAAAGUUACUAUGCAAAACUUAAAAAACAAGAAGAAGACAAAAUGGCUGAGUUGGCUGAGAAAUAUCGAGACCGUGCUCGCGAAAGACGAGAUGGUACAGUUGGAGAGCUUCCGCCUGAAGAUCCAAUAAACAAUGCCAGUGCAUACCGAGCAGUUGCUCCGGAUAUAAAAUCUGGUAUAGAUGCUGCUGAAAGAAGAAGAAUCGCUAUCCAGCAGUCGAAAUUCUUGGGUGGUGACAUGGAGCACACUCACUUGGUCAAAGGUUUGGACUAUGCUUUACUACAAAAGGUACGGAGUGAAAUAGAGUCCAAGGAAAUAGAACAAGAGCAAGAAAUGGAAAAAUUAAUAAAGCCGAAAGAAAAAGUUAAAGAAAAAAAAGAAGUUGAAAAGAAACCCGAAGAAACGCUCUUCAAAACAAAAGUCGGCCGUAAUAUUCAUAAAAUAAUUACAACAAUGAAAUCUAAAACAGUUGAAAGGAAUGAAUUGUUUACACCAGGACGUAUGGCUUAUGUUAUUGAAUUGGAGGACGAAAAUGCGGAAGUCGAUAUUCCUACAACACUAAUAAGAAGUAAAGCUGAUGUUCCAACAAUUGACGCGACUCCGACAUUAACAACAAAUGACAUUGUUAUCAACAAAUUAGCGCAAAUUCUCUCUUAUUUACGUCAAGGUAACAGACACGGAAAGAAAGGAAAGAAAAAUAAAGAUGGUCGUGGAAAAGGUGAAGAAAUAGGAGAAAUUGAAAUUCCCAAUCGUCCACCACAAGACGACAGCAUUUACGGCGACAUUGGCGAGUACGUACCCAGUCGAUCUAACAAGGAAAGCUCAUCAGCGAAUAAAGAAAAGAAGAAGAGCUCAUACUUCAACAAACCACUUGAUUCGAUUGAAAUGCUUGAUGAUAAAGCUAAUGCCCCACAACUACCAAAUAUAUUGGCACGAGUUGCUGAAGUAAGUGCAUCAGCUCCCAAAAAAGGUAGUAUUCAUAAUAAAGUUCCUCCUGAGCCGGAAGGAUAUGCCGAGUGUUAUCCUGGAUUAGAUGAGAUGCAAGACGCUAUUGAUGAUUCAGACGAUGAAGUUGAUUACACCAAAAUGGAUUUGGGCAAUAAGAAAGGCCCGAUCGGAAGGUGGGACUUUGAUACACCUGAAGAGUACAGCGAGUACAUGAACAACAAAGAAGCACUGCCUAAAGCUGCAUUUCAGUAUGGUGUUAAAAUGGCUGAUGGUCGUAGAACUCGUAAAUAUAAUAAGGAAAAGAAUGAAAAAGCUGAGUUGGAUCGCGAGUGGCAGAAAAUUCAAAAUAUUAUGAACAAACGAAAGCCAGCAGGCGGUAGUAGUAGUGAUGGCGCACCAGAAUUUAAAAUACCAAGAUAUUAGAUAAUUAUUACUAACUAUAAUAAACAUUUAACUUACAAUCGUGGUCAUUAAUUUAAGUAUGUUUUUAAUAUUACUGGAAAAUAGCCGUUUGUAAACUAGAAUGUUUAUUAACUCUAAAUUUAGAAAUCAGUUGAUAAUGUCACUUGUGACAUUAGCUGAAAAUAAAAAAUGAUAUUAAUGAAAUUAGCGAAAUGGAAAUUUAACCAAAUAUAAAUUCAGUCAUUUAUAAAAUAGCGAAAAACAAAAAUCAGCGGAUACGUGAAUUUAGCCAAUUCUUACUGCAGAAACUUAUAAAAUUAGCCGAUUGUAAACUUUAUGAAUUGUAAAAUUAGCCGUUUCUAAAUCUCUCGUAAUUCUUGUCUGGAUCGACGGAUCAAUAAACAAUUUGAGGCAUCUAAAAGGACUUCCAUAAAUUUAGUUUUUCUGGAAAUUAGAGCAGAUUCGACCGACCCAUUCAAGAGUUAGAAAAAGUUUAAAAACGGCUAAUUUUACAAUUCACAAAGUUUACAAUCGGCUAAUUUUACAAGUUUCUGCAGUAAGAAUUGGCUAAAUUCACGUAGCCACAGAUUUUUGUUUUUCGCUAUUUUAUAAAUGACUGAAUUUAUAUUUGGUGAAAUUUCCAUUUCGAUAAUUUCAUUAAUAUGAUUUUUUAUUUGCGAAUAAUUUUGCAAAUGAAAUUAUCAACUAAUUCUCAAAUUUAUAGUUUAUAAACGUUCUAGUUUACAAACGGCUAUUUUCCAGUAAUGUUAAAAACAUACUUAAAUUAAUGACCACGAUUGUACAUAAUUUUAGAUAAUAUAUUGAUAUGCAAUAAUGAUUGAUAUGUAUUUACAAAGAUAUUUGUAAUAAGUUUGUUUCGUUUCAUUACAUUACAUUACAUUAAUUAACUCGCA